AGUCGUCGCUCUUUCCCAAGGUCUGGUAAAGGGCAGACGAAGAGGGAAGUGAAACAAGGAGCCGGGCUUCAGAAUCCUAAUAAAAGGAUGGGGAACUGUCUCCAAAGAAGAUUCAGAUGGCCGAAGCUCACCCGAGACAAGAACAGGAAGGCCAGAAUCUCAGAACAGAAAAAGUUCAGACAAAUAGUGUCUAUAUUAAAGAGAAGAAAGAGGGAGCCCUACAAGGAAAGUGAAGAAGUUUCAUCUGUUUACCAUGAGGAAAACCAUGAAGACAAUGCAAAGGAGCCAUUCUAUGCCUGCAUCGAGCACACGUCCCAACGAAGGCCUUCCAUGAACUUCAUAGAGGAUAGUUAUGAGAAUAUUGUCCCCAAGUGGAAGAGGCCCGAGGCUCAAAAGAAUGAGACAGAAUAUGCCAUUCUUAGGGUUGCUCCUAGCCCCAAGUCUUCCUCUAACUUGCAGGAUGAGGAAUACGAACUUAUCAUGCCCACUAUCCAAAACUGUUGUCCUUCCCACCUUGACCUGAUGAAUUCAGGGAACUCUCCAAGAAACAGAAAGUAAGAUUUAAGAAAGUGAUGGAGAAAAUAUUAUUAAUGACGAUUAAACUUAAAAGUGUCAGACCUACAUUUUUUAGAGGCAGUUAUUAAUCAUUUACUAGCAAAUCUAUAGUCCUGCUUAUAUUUAUGCUUUUGUUCCUAAAUGUAAAUUCAUUUUAAAUAAUGUGCUGACUGCUAAGUCUAUAUCCCAAAGACAUUUUUAAAAAUUGAAAA